CAGUCAAAACAAAGCGGCCGUUUAACUCUGCUGCUGCGAUCAAAUUAAUAAACAUUACACUGAUUAUUUACCGAUACAUUAACGGUAAAUCCGCGCUCCGGUGUUUGUCUUCGGUCACGUUGAGUUGAACUGUUUUUACGGUCGGUUCUGUCCGAAGCUAACGAGGAAUUUAUUGGAGCUGUUUGUGUUCUCGGUUUGGAGACUAACGGGCGGAGGCUGGGACACGGGAACACUGAGAGGAAUAGGAGGCUGGAAACUGAGAGGAAUAAAGAAGGAAACGAGGAAAAAGGGGGGGCAAUAGAGGUAGAAAAUAAGAGGGAAAUUAGAGAAAUACAGGUGGAAACACGAGAAAACCUGGGAGAAAUAGAGUUGGAAAGGGGUGAAAAAAGAGGUAGAAAAACACGGGAAAACGGGAAAAAAAUAGAGUCGGGAAAACUGAGAAUCAGAGGCAGGAAACACGGGAAAACUGAGAAAUAGAAGCUGAAAUCACGGGGGAAAGAGAAGAAAACACCCGAAAUCAAAUACGGGAAAACGGGGACAGUCAGAGCCUAAAACCAGCGGCGGUCUAACCUAACUUCCCCCGGAUUACCCCCUCCCUGUCGCUGGAUGAUGGUGGAGUGAAGCGGCUGCUCCCGGCUCUCUCUCCCCGGGUUUGGUCACCAUGGCCCCGGGCUCUCUGGUGGCGGCCUGCCGCAGCCUGGCUCUCUCCACCUGGCUGCUGUCCUUCUGCUUCGUGCACCUGCUGUGCCUGGACUUCACGGUGGCCGAGCGGGAGGAGUGGUACACGGCCUUCGUCAACAUCACCUACGUGGACCCAGCCACCUCGGAGCUCCGGACCGAGAAGACGGAGUGCGGCCGCUACGGGGAGCAUAGUCCCAAGAAAGACGCCAGGGGGGUGGUUGUCCUACCUGGAGCUCCACAGGACCGCCAGGCCUGCGACCCCAACACCCGGUUCAUGGUGCCCGCUCAGGCCGCCUGGGUGGCUCUGAUCGCCCACGGAAACUGCACCUACAAGGACAAGAUCCGCCAUGCAGCAGCACACAACGCGUCCGCCGUGGUGAUCUUCAACGUGGGCUCUGCCAACGCCAACGAGACCAUCACCAUGCCCCAUCCAGGUACAGGCGAUCUGCUGGCCAUCAUGAUCCCGGAGCCCAAGGGUCGGGAGGUGGCGGCGCUGCUGGAGCGCAACGUGACAGUCACCAUGACGAUCACCAUCGGCACCAGGAACCUGCAGAAGUACGUGAGCCGCACGUCCGUGGUGUUCGUGUCCAUCUCCUUCAUCGUGCUCAUGAUCAUCUCGCUGGCCUGGCUCGUCUUCUACUACAUCCAGAGGUUCAGAUACGCCAACGCCCGGGACCGCAACCAGCGGCGUCUGGGCGAUGCGGCGAAGAAGGCGAUCAGUAAGCUGCAGGUCCGCACCAUCAGGAAGGGAGACCAGGAGACGGAGGUCGACUUCGACAACUGCGCCGUCUGCAUCGAGGGCUACAAGCCCAACGACGUAGUGCGCAUCCUGCCCUGCAGACACCUGUUCCAUAAGAGCUGUGUGGACCCCUGGCUGCUGGACCACCGGACCUGCCCCAUGUGCAAGAUGAACAUCCUCAAAGCCCUCGGCAUCGCUCUGAACGCAGACUGUCUGGACGACCUCCCCCUGGACUACGACCUUGCCCUGGGUGGGGUUGGGGGUGUCGGCGGGGUCGGGGCCCUGGCCCUGGAGGCCGUGGUGUCGGGGGCCUCCAGCGAUGGUACUCUGAGCGAGGGUGGGGGGUCCUCCGUUGUGCUGGACCCCGGGGUCAGGAGGGUCGGCCUCCCCCAGGACUACCAGGACCCUGACACCCUGAGAGACAGCCCUGUUACCACCACCACCGACACACACACAGGCGAGUUGCAGCCGAUGGCGAGCAGCGCCUCUGUGGCGUCGCUGGUUAUCACCGUGGAGACGGGACUGUCGGACGAGGAGGGGUCUGGGGAUCAGAACCAGCUGGCGGAAAAGUCCUGAGAGGAGCCGCUAGAACCAGACCAGAACCAGAACUUACUCAAUCAGGCUCGGAUUUUAAACCCUCUGGAGAACAAGGAGAAUGAACGGCUCGGUAAGACGGACUUAUUUGGGAAGGAAACUCUAUGGAAGCUCUGACUUUGUGGGAACUAAAUCCAGAACCAGAACCCGGAGUUUGGGGUUUCUCUUUGGACCUCGCUAAACCGGCUUCUCUGGAGCCCUUUUGGACUAUUCUUUGAGCAGGUGUGGAUGAACCUGUGAGCGUUGGUUUGAAUCUGGACUCAGAGGACCUGGUUUGGCCUCAUCCCUAGAGUCUCUCUCUCUCUGGACGCUUGGCGGGUUUGGAACCAGAACCGUACCUGGGGUUUUAUUCUUUGCUUUCACUUGGAUUCACCACGUGUUUCCCGCCUGGAAUAUAUAACUCUACUUGUCUCUAGAUGUCUCCACAACUUCUCUCCCGGUUCUCCUGAACUUCAUUUCAGAUAUGGCGGACGCUCGUGACCCAAGGGAUGGGAUUCACCCUGAGCCACGUUUCUACUCUUCGGUACUCGUUAGAAAAGGGUAAAGUCCGGUUGCCAAAAGAAGACUAAGCGCUCUUCACAGGUUGAUCCUUCAGCUGAAACACUGGAGGAUCUUUGUGAACUACAAACACCACGCUGUUUAAAAAAAAGGGGGCGAAAUCUAGACCUACCCGAGUACUUCUCCGGUUCUCUGGACCUUUCUGGAAUAUUCUGUUACCUGGUGUUUCCAGAACUAAACGAAAGCCCUCUGUAUCUCCGAUCCUUGGAGGAUUGAUUCUGGUUGUUUCAGCUCACUUUGAUUUUGCCGGAGUGAGGGCUUUUAUUUUGAAAGGACACAGCAGUGAAUCCGGUUUCUCCUGGUGUGUUGCUGACUCGUCCUUGCAGUAUUACAGUAUUGAAUUUUAACUUCUCACAGUAUUUUCGUUUCUCUUUCUCCCUGUCGGUAUAAUUCAGGCCGUCUUCAGAAGAACUGACAGUAUUUGGGUCGGAGACUCUCUGGCAACUGUACAGAAUAAUAUAAGGUGUGAGGAUGCUGGCUGUAAAGCACGGAUGGAAAGUAAAGUGUUUGAAACUUUAAACAAAUCCUGCAGCUUGGGUCUAAAUGUCCUGAGACAAAUGCCACCAUAAUGGAAAUAAUGAAUAAUGAAUAAUCCUUACUUCAUAAUUUAAAUACAAACAAACAUCGGAGGGGCGGGCGGAGGGGCGGGGCGGACGCUGAGUGUUUUUAUUGUUGUUGUUCAUUUCGUUAAUUCCCACUUUUAACGAUACACACAAACAAAUGUUAAUCCUCGACGCAAAGCUAUCGCUAAAGCUAACAAAAAACCUCGGUUGAUUUUAUCACGUGAUAAUUAUGACAACAUGUGGAAACAGCUCGUACCGAUGGAUGCUAAUGAUAAAAUUGCUAUAAUUUAAAUAGAUUUUUCAGUAAAAAUGUGAAUUAUGUUGCAUUAAUGAUCAGUCCCUCCAAUAUCGUGAAUCAUAUCGCAGUUGCAAUGAGUCAAAUCAAUCAUAAAUUACAUAUUUAUUCAGUUUCGUACUUUCCUAAUUUAAAUACGAUAUGUAUGUCUUCAUCUUCAUGAACGAACAUUUUCAAAUUCCAGUCCAAAAUUUGAAAAAAAUACUACUUAAUUUAAAUGUAAUAUUGCGUACAGUUGAUGACCGACAUUAUGACACUAGCCAUAUUGUGAAAUUGGGUGACCAACCAAAACUUCGUAAAUACCAUAAGUGUCGUAAUCGGCAAACCUGUCAAAAAUGUGGUCGAAUUUUACGAGUCGGAAGUGACCAAUCAGAGGUUAUCUGUGUAGUGUCUGCCUGGCUAAAGCAGGAGGAUGGUAAUACUUCCUCAUCGCUCUGUCCCGGGUCGUGAAAAUGUUCGGUUAGCAUUGAAAUGCCAAGUAGGAACUUUAAAAGACACAAAACCCUUCAGCGUUGUUUUGUUUUACUGUCCGUCUGCCUGCCCACGGCCUCGUGCUGCCUUUAAAAAACACCGUUAACCCUGACAAUCAAAUAUCCGAUCUUUCACUCGCGACUCUGCGAUCUUUUCUCUGAGGUGUUUUUCAAACCUUCGCCACUAAACGGUGUUAUUGCUGCCAUUUCCAGAGUUCAAACGCCACCAAAGCGAUGUGUGAAAGACAAGGAAGAGUCGUAGAUCGUCUAGUGAAGAAUCCCCUCCCUGAAGGGCUGCACAAUUUAUCGGAUUUUAACGCUAUUUGGUCUCGAGUGAUGCAACAUACGCUAUAUUUGGCUAGGUCCAAAAAAUGUGUCGUACUGGCAUUCUAAAAAAACGUUAUGUGGUCCAGAAGUAUUUUGUUUUGUACCAGGAUGAUGUUAGCAUAAUUAUAAACUAGAAAACGACGUGUUUUCCCUAAAUUGUGCAGCCCUAUUGCCCCGCGUUAGCAGUUAGCAUGUAAAUAUAAAAUGUAUAUUCCACACGUUUUGCCGGCGCCGAGAGAAAGAGAUUGUCGUCUAUUUUGAUACCAGAGGAGACGUUUUAUUUUUGUAACGAAGACCCCCAGCAGCAGAGACUGACCAACCCCCCAUGCCUGAUAAUACUUAAUGAGAUUGAGUAUUAUAUUACGUGUUGUUUAUUUGUGUAAUUGUACAUACAGUACCCAGAGGACCGUGGCGAUUUGAAUCUAAAACAUUGUAAUUUUUCUUUUUUUGAAGCUUGAUGAGAUCUGAGAGAAUGAAGGCUGGAGAAUGUCUUUUAUUUCCCGCUCCUUCUCUUGCUACUGUGGUAAAACCUCCCCUACUCAAUAAAUGGACAAAAACGCAUAGGAACCACAACAUUUCCCUUCUGAAACUGAACGUUAAGGACGUAAAACUCAACAUCUAAAUGUGCUCAAGACCUUUUUUACAGCUUAGCGUGUACAUAGCGUUAUUUUUCAGAUCCUCCGAGAUUUAAAGAUUUAACGCCAAACAUAACGGGGUUUAUAAGAUCUGGUGUUGGUGUUUCCGGUCAAUCCAACAGCCUCUCUCAGAAACCUGAACACCUUCUUCCUCCUUUGCUUCCCAGGCUUCCUCUUCCGCAGUAUGAAACACACUUCCGGUGAAUGGGUGUAUGAUAUAAACGUGUUGGGAUUGUACGCUUUCGUAACUUCAAUUCCGUUGUGUUAGCUUUAUCUUCAUGAUGAUUUUCACAUUUGCACUGUGACUGCGACUCUGCUGCCAUAACGACGAUGGUGGAUUAAAUCUAAUCCGCGUGUCUUGAUUUCUAAACCAGACUGAGGCUGCGGUGGCAUGUUGGUCCUUCUUUAGGUGGGAAUCGAACCUCAAUUAAGGAUUUACAACCCACAAAAAGUCUGUUAUAACACUUUGAAUCAACGUUUUUUGCCCAUUUUUGUCCCAUUUUCAAAGUAAAAAUGACUUUGAUGCAACGAUGGACCUUUCUCUUAAUCAUUUAAAGCUUUUGUAAUUUAAAAAAUACAGUAACUCACUUUAAAAAAGCGAAAUGCCUGUACAAAAUCAGUUUGUCACUGAAUAUGUCAACAAAAAUAAUACAAGCAAUAUGACUUUUGGAACUCUUAAAUGACACGAUACGGUGUUUCUUAUUCCCUGGGCUUCAAUAGCAUUAAUAAUAGGUUUUGUAAAUCCCCUGAAGCUAACCUGGGACCCUCGUGUCACUGCCAGUAAUGACGUCUGAUUGGUUGUUUUCUCUUGCUCCCGCCUCUCCUCGCAGCUCAUUGGCUGUUCUCUCUGGAUGCUGUGUUCUGAUUGGUUGCUAAGCCUCUUGUUGAUGAUGCACUUUAACUCUGUUUCUCUGGAAGGUUGUGGAAAAUGUCUUCGACCUAUGUUCACUCUUGAUUUUGUGCGUUAGUGUUGGAAAUGUUGUGACGGAUGUGGAACAUGUCCUGUUCAUCAUGAAAUACUCCUUCCAUGCAUCUAUAGUCCCACUGCCAUAUAUUUUGCCACAAAUUCUAACGUACGCUGGAUUUCUUUGACCGCUUUCCCUUGUUUUCCAACUGGAAACGAACACUUAAAGACAAAAAGUAGCCAAAAAAGAAGAACUGACCAGAAGCCAGUUUUCUUAUCUUAUCUUAUCUUUACAAAACAGCGAUAUCCGUACGGAUCAAACGCCCGUUCCUUCCAGAGAGACCGAGAAAGUGUAAGCGUCAGUAGAGAUGCUAACCGCUAAGCUAAGUGACGACAGGGUGCGUAAUGUUGUGGUGAUUUUUGAGCGUCCGUUUGUGUGGUUGUCCUGUGCACGCUAACACAACACACACGCACACACACACGUGUAAAUAUGCCAUGUUGUUUCUGUGUUUCAGUUGUUGCACGUGUUCUGAUUCAGGACAGAAUUUAAAUAAACAUUUUAAUUCAA